AUACAAACAGCAUAGCAACCCUCACAACGUGUCCCCCUCACUACUGAAAUGAUGGCUACGCCCCUGCUUCACACCCAAGUUCACUUUGAGUGUGUGAAACUGCUGAAUCAGGAGCCAGUGUGUGAAAGGAGCAGCAGGUGUCCCUGUGCCUACCUGUGCGUUGAGGUCUUGCUCGUGUAGAGGAGAAGUCGGCUCGUCCUCCAGGGUCUGGACAUUCCUCCUCUUUAGGAUCUGGUCCUCUUUCUUCGCUUUGCGGAUUUCAACGUUGACUUCGGCUCGUCGUCGCCUGAGCUCCUGAGAGAGUGGACACCAUAGAGAACACAGAGCUGAUUAUAUGAUGAUUACAGAUCAGAGGAUUCAUGUGUUUCAGUGAGUUCAGUGUCAGGGCUCACCGUGGCAUCCUUCCCUUUGUUUUUGAACUGGGUGAGUCGAGCUCCGGAGUCGUUUCCCGUUGACAUUCUGACCGUUGUUGGACAGACUGAUCCACUAACGUUAAAGUCUCUCCCUGUUUAAAGACAAGUUCACAGUAAACAUCAAACCGAGGAGCUAACUGAUUCUCCCGCCUGUCUGCUUCAGUUAGCUAGCACACUGAGAGUCUGAGGUUAUCUAACACCAUGUGGCCGAGCUCAGAGGAGCCUGUCUGAGUAACCAACAACACAGACACCGACACUUUCACCGAGGUUAUCUUAAUACACUUAAACUAUCCCUUCAAACAUCAACUCAAAGAUCAUUCAGUGUAAAUGUGAGUUUAGACAGGGAGCAGGUGAGACUCGCUUACCUUCGAUGCGUCUUGUUUUUUUCUAAGACGUGACGUCAUUUAUAUACCGCCCUGUCUCUCCUGCUCUCUGAUUGGUCAGUUGGACUACAGGCCCUGCCCCGUUCUACACUACCAUAGAAAGCCAACAAAGCCGUUGUUAAUGGCAACUGGCAGAAGUCUCGCGAGAUUAUAGAUUAGAAUCCUUGAGGGUUUCCUGGCUGUCUUUUGAGGACCAGAGCGGCCAUCUUUGAAGUACACUUAAUCCUGAGUCUGCAACCCCUCAAAUAAUGGUGCCAGAGACUGGAGACCCUCACUGUCCUGAGUUUGAUGAAUCUGAAGUCUGCAGUUCCUCACUGUGACCACUAGAGGGGACUGAGGACUGAUGAUUCCUGAACAUCACCUGCACAAACACUGAGGCAGGAUUAUGAGAAGAGUUGGCAGCACCUGGUUUGAAAACGAGUGUUUAUUCCUGCGUGAGGGACGUCCCACCACCUCCACCUCCUCCUCCACCUCCACCCCAUCCCGUCUCAUUCCUGAGCAGCCUCUAUAAAAAUCCCAGGAAUCCCAGCCCUGCAGCAGACCAUAACGUGUGUCCACACUGAACCUCCAGGAUGACAGGGAUUAUUCUGUUUCUCUUGUUUCUACGCUUUCCUCUGAACGAGGCGGAGGAGCAUGGAGUUAACGAGCUCUACACUCUGACAGAAAAGGGUCAGAGUGUCUUUGUGGAUCCAGCUCCGAGGAACCAGACCUGGCUGAUGGUCAAAGAGCCGUCCCUGCCGAUCAACGAGCUCCUGGAGAAGAGCAGCAAAACCGUCGAGUCAAAGUUCACCCUCCAUCCUCUCCCCUCUGCCGUCUGGCCUAAACACAGCGACCUGGCCCCGAUCCCUCGCCACCACAACCUCCACAACCUCCACAACAAGAGCAAGAAGGGCCCCAAGAGCGACCGCCUGGUGGAGCACAACAGCGAGAAGACCAGAGGAGAGGUCGCAGGUCUGCUCCCCAAAACUCUACUGACAGGAGCGACAGCAGCCGCCGCCACCACCGCCAACAACAACCGAACCCUGCAGAAACCAAACCAGGACUCCCAGGUCAACAUCAGUCCUCCUCAGCAGAGUGACCCCACAGACGGACACCCCAACGCCAGACCCAGGCCUCCAGUCCACACACAGCCUCAGGCUCAGCCCAACCAACCCGCACCUUCUCCAAGGAAAGAGCCCCCUAACAGACGUCUGGACCCGGAGGAGAACCGACCCGGGAAGUCCAACCUCUAUCAGUCAGGGAUCGGAGCAGGGACCAGAAACAACAGCCGCCCUCCUGUGGUCUUCAACCGGCGCUCCUCCAGUCUGCUCUACCAGUUCGACAUCUUGAAGCGAGAGUCUGACUUCUCACACGAUGCCUUCUGCAUGAGCGAGUGCAGGAAGGAGAAGGAGGAGAGAGAGUAUUACUGCUACAGUGAGUUUGCCAUCAACGGGAUCGUCCAUGACAUCGACGUGGUGCGUAAAGGAAUCCGCCUCAUCACUCUGAUGGUGAGCAGCGACGGCUUCUACAAGAUGAGUCGACUCUACGUCACACCCGACAGCUUCUUCUUCAAAGUCCGCCUUCUGGUCUUGGACACCUACAAGUGCAGCAAACCGUGCCCGGACAUCAAACUCGGCACCAGAUACAUCGUGAUGGGUCAGAUCUACCACCGCCGGCGCCAUCUCCCCAGCGACCUCCUCAACCUCCUGGGGGGUAAACUGAAGCCCGGAGACGGCCUCCUGCGAAGCAACAACUAUGUCAAACGUUUCAACAAACGGAGGCACCAGAAGGCCCUGGAGGCCACCCGCUCCAGGUGCAGGUGAACCAAAGAUGAGUGCGACGCCCCCUGCUGCGGGGGAAGAGACAUUGCAGCCCGAGCUGUUCAGACGUAACCCUCAGUAUUAUAUCAAGAAGAAGACUUUUUCAGAAGAGAUGGAUUUAUUUUCUUAUGGACUGCUUUGAUGUGUCGUUAUAUUGGUUCAUCUGUCUUUAGAGGGUGGACUUUGAGAGGAAACACAAGUGGUUUUAAUUAAACGGACUUCCCUGAUCACAGAUUGUAAUGUGUGCGGUAUAAAACGAGCCCCCAUCAGCCCGAUGAUCCUAUCUGAACUAGAACGCUAACUCAACUCCCCACGAGUUCAUGGCUGGUUCAUGAAGUCCCACUGACUUGAUUUAAAUCUGAAAUUCGGCUCAUAUGAAUAACAUUUCUCACCAUUGUUUCCACUCUUAAAGCUGGGGUUGGUAGUCAGAUUUAGAUCCACUCUUUGUUAUACUGGUUAAAAUGAUCUUUUUGUCCCGAUGGUAAUCAAUACAUAAUGUGUUCUUAAAAAAGAGGUAAAAAAAGCUGCUAUCUACAGCCGGAGUAAACCUGGGAAAACACCAACCAAUCCCUGCCAUCAGGAGCCAAAUGAUGAAACCAAUCAAAUCCUGUCCUGUCGUUCUGCCCGCCUCCUGCAAAGCGUACAUUUCAUGUUUGUUUGUGUUUUUAACUUUCACUAGGAGAAUGUUUUGGUGUUUUCUUACCAAACACAAACGAUGUUUUGAGGACCGGUUUGGAAUCAGUCACCAUCAUAUGGUCGUGAAUCAGCGGCGCUUGUGCAUGUGAGCGGGGGCGUCGUUUUGGAGGAGCUCUGAGGGGAGGAGGGGAGGGGUUAGACGGAGUCCUGAGGAAAUGCUACAUUCAAAUUCAUGCUAGUUUUCCGUGACUACCAACCCUAGCUUUAAGGGUAUUAUUUUUAAACGUGUUGUCCUAGCUGCCUUAUAGAACAGAGACCGGAUUGUACACUUAGUACUCUUUGGGGAAGCCAGGAUCCAUUAUUUGAAUCACAAAGAUUCCUUUGAUUAGCAGGAAAUGUACCUAAAUUGAUGUAACGUUGUAUUGCACUGAGAAGUAAUGCUUUGUAACACCCAAAUGUUGUGACUGUGGUUGUUUUUCGUGAGCAGGAAAUGCACUAUUAUUGUUCCGAGGACCAAAGGGAGGGAACGAAGGGCCUGAAAAAGCAGCAACAAACCUCAGCAGAGGAGAGAAUAAAGGGAGAGAGGGCAGAGGACUUGCUUGACAUGAGAGCGGCCCAUUUUUCUAACUUUAAUUAUACGUCCACGAUGAAAUAUUCGGGACAUCAAAAGGGGCCUCGCAGAACGAGGAGGGGGAGGGGGGGGGGGGGGAGUAGGGCCAUAAAUCUAAUCGCAGGAAUCUGAUCCUCUCCACACCUGGACACGCGGCUCAGAGAGGCGCCUCCUCUUUGCCAUGGCUCUUGUUUUCUUGCUUACACAGAAACACAUUCUGCUCUGUGUGGGCUCCUGCAGGGUGUUUCGAGGAUUCAGGGAGGAUCGGAGAGAGCGGAAGGCGUGGGCAAGGUGGAGAGGGUCCGUCUCUCCAGAGGAUCAGCUUUUUAUUUGAUCUCAUAAAAUGAUCUCAUGCUCCGGAGGGAUCGGGGAAGAUUUGCACUGACUGCUUAAUCUGCUUUACGAUACAUGACCCCAAUAAAGAUGUGUGUGUUUGGAACUUCU